UCAAAGUCUCGGACCCUCUCCUUCUCCCUAGCACCAACCCAUGGCGUCGCCCGGCAGCUGGAAACCCACCUCCACGGCGGCAGCCACCACCGCCAUCUCAUCCUCCAGCGACCUCGUCUUCACCGCCUCCUCGUUCAUACCAUCCGUACUCAACUCCCCCACAUCAGACCCUAAAUCCUCCAUCCUCCUCCUCCCUCAUCCCAGCUGGCCCCUCAUCCGCCGCUUCUUCCUCUUCUUCCUCUCCAUUCUCCUCCGCUUUUUCCUUCUCAUCAUCUCUCUUCUCUUUCCCCUUUCUUCCCCUUCCUCUUCCCACACCACCAUAUCCAACUCCUCCUCCUCCUCUUCGCCCCCAACCCGAGCCCUCUCCCACCUCCUCUCCGUCAUCUCCAUCAUUCCGGUCUCCUCCCGAAAAUACCACUUCGCCCGAAGCCUCGCCGAUCGACUCCUGGACGAAAACCUAAUUUCCUCCCCGUCCGGAGGACUCGGCGAGGUCAAUCGCGCCGCUCUUUUGGAGGCGUUUGAGCACACGAUUCGAAAGCUAGAGGCGGUGGUUCCGAGGUCCGGAGGGGGUCCGAUGAAUCUGAUCGCUGGUGGGAUUUGGGCUGGGCUGAGGAGGGUUGGGGUUGUGGUUAGGGAAAUAGAGGGAGGCGGAGGGAGUAUGGUGGCGGAGAAGCUGGCUUCGGAGGUGCUGUGGCUGGCGCAGAAGAUGACUGAAUGCGGUACGGCAAGGGAGGCGGUGGCCCGAUGGGCUGCGGCCGCGUCGGCGUUGAUCGUGGAAGCGAGAAUCCAGGUUGCGUUUGUGAGGAUCUCGGUCUUUAUGUUCAGAAAAGCACACAGAAUGCAAGUUGAAUCUUGCCACCACGAUCACAAUGAAGAAGAAGAUGAGCCUCGCAACUCUAUAUCUCAAAACUGUAUCUCUAUGCUUCAUACAUGGCUUCCGCUGUUAUGCCGUGCCAGCAAUGGCAUCGAUGCACCCAUCCUUAACAGCAGUGAGCGAACGGAGAUGGUGCGAGUGCUGGACGACAUGAUAGAGAAGCUGAACUGGGAGCAGCAGGAAGAGAUUCUUGCCCUCUGGCUACACCAUUUCACUUCAUGCCCAGAUUCCGAUUGGCCGAACCUCGAGUCCGCCUACACUCGAUGGUAUGCCAUGUCUCGAAAGCUCUUACUGCAAUGAUCUUUUUCAAGCAUCUGUUACUGUUCUGAUUUAUUUUUGGGUGAUAGGAGUUACUGCAGGAUUAUAGAUAUUUUUAGUUUAUGAAGGAACAAGAAAUGCUGUCAAUAUUUUUUACUGUAUAAAGUAGUAUAUGCCUAUAUGUACAAUGGAAUUAGUAGUUUGCUACCGUUGGAUCUUAUUUUGUUAUACAAAAUCUUUGUAGUUCUAGA